CUCACGAAAAGGGUCAAAAACGCCAAGCAAAGGGUAAAUGAGGGACUAAAAGGGCUUCGAAUACCUCGGAGAGGAGGCCGUCGAUGCACGCCAGAGGUCCUCCGGCUUCGUCCUAGGGGUUUCGAGGAGCACGCGCGGCGAGGGAGAGAUGCAGACGGAUGCGCGGGUGGGGGUUGUGGUGGAGGACAGUCGGCAGAGAGCUCUAUCAUCCGGCCUCGGAGACGGUGGCGUCGGUGACGGGAAGAGGAGGUUCUCCACGCAGCAGCAGAGCCAGACGCUGAAGCAGCAGUUGCAGCACCAGCCGCAGAUUGGGACGCUGGAGCACCUUAUAGCUGGCGGUGUCGCCGGCGCUGUCAGCAAGACGUGUACGGCCCCUCUUGCUCGUCUUACCAUUCUUUUUCAGGUGCAAGGAAUGCACUCUGAUGCAGCUGCUCUGGGGAAAGCAAGCAUAUGGAAGGAGGCUUCUCGAAUUGUUUCUGAAGAAGGUUUUAGAGCUUUUUGGAAAGGAAAUUUGGUGACAAUUGCUCACCGCUUACCUUAUUCUUCAAUAAAUUUUUAUGCCUAUGAACGAUACAAGGGUUUAUUGAAAAUGAUUCCUGGGUUAGAUAAGCACAGAGAUUAUGUCGCAGCAGAUAUUUGUGUACGACUGUUUGCUGGAGGCUUAGCUGGAAUAACAGCUGCAUCACUUACAUAUCCACUGGAUCUUGUCAGGACACGCCUUGCAGCUCAGACACGUACUAUGUAUUACAGGGGCAUCUCACAUGCUCUGUAUACCAUCUGCAGAGAUGAGGGUAUGCGAGGUUUAUACAAGGGACUUGGAGCAACCCUAUUGGGUGUUGGACCUAGCAUAGCAAUAAGCUUUUCGGUUUAUGAAACUUUGAGAUCCCACUGGCAAGUUGAAAGGCCAUGUGAUUCUCCUAUCUUGGUUAGCUUAGCUUGUGGAAGUCUUUCUGGUAUAACAUCAUCAACAGCAACAUUCCCGCUGGAUCUUGUUAGACGGAGAAUGCAGUUGGAAGGGGCAGCUGGAAGGGCACGAGUUUAUAGUUCUGGCCUCAUUGGCACCUUUGGGCAUAUAGUUCGGACUGAAGGAUUUGGAGGUUUAUAUCGAGGUAUCUUGCCCGAGUACUUCAAAGUUGUACCCAGUGUGGGCAUUGUUUUCAUGACUUACGAGGCGCUAAAAGUGAUCAUGUCAAGCAAAUCAGCCGACAAAUAGUGCUCUGCGCCUAGUCAUAUACUUGUAGCACCAUUGCUACUGAUUCAUCUUUUUUAGUUCCAUAGAUACAAGGCAAAACAGUUUUCAUCACAAAGGCAUCACAUGGCGGUGAGUUUUGCUGUUGCCGUCAUGAAGGUUUUUGUUGUAUAGAUAUUGUUGUUGUUCAAGUGCAAGUACAAGCCAUGCUACUGGUUACAGUUUCAACAUUCUCAUGAUCCAUAAUCUUCGAAACGACCCAGAAUGUCUUGCAAAGAUGCUAGAGACGGAGUUCACCCUCCUAUUUACUUGCUGGUACGUACAAUUAUGAUUCAUUAAUUAUAUGAGCAACGAGGUAAUGUUAAAUCUGAGAGAAAUAUUCAAAACAUUUCUUGUUUUGCCAAUGACCUGGGGAAGAGGUGACCGAUAUGUAAAGGAAAUUUUUGAUAUGGCCGUCUUAUAAUAAGAUAAUCAUGUAUAGGUCUCAAGUGUAUCUUCAUCGCUGAAGGAGGUUAAGAGGAUCAGUUUUUGCCA